AUGUCCUGCUACGACCUGUGCCCCACCUCUGCCUGCGGCCUCAGCCGCCCCCAGCCCCUGGCUGACAGCUGCAACCAGCCCUGUGUGCGGCAGUGCCCUGACUCCACUGCCCUCAUCCAGCCCCCUCCGGUCGUGGUCACCUUCCCUGGCCCCAUCCUCAGCUCCUUCCCCCAGGAGUCAGUCGUGGGAUCUGCUGGAGCUCCUGUGCUGGGCUCCUUUGGGGGCUCUGGGCGUCUGGGGGGCUAUGGGGGCUAUGGCUCCCUGGGCUAUGGGGGCCUGGGGGGCUAUGGCUCCCUGGGUUAUGGUUCCGUGGGCUAUGGGGGUCUGGGGGGCUAUGGGGGGCUGGGGGGCUAUGGCUCUUGGGGCUAUGGCAGUCUCUAUGGCUAUGGCAGACCCUUUGGCUCCAGCUACUGCAGCCCCUCCUCCUGGUAUGGCAGCAGGUAUGGCCGUGGCAUCUGUGGGCCCUGCUAG